UUUUGAAUAAUCCAUCACUCCUUUCUUUGCGGAACUGUCUUCAUCUUUAAGAAAAUGGGAAGGUUAAUAUGGUUUUCCCAAGUCCUGUGCCUUUGCUUCUUGUUGUUACAGUUUCAAGUCCAAAGCUCCUCACCUUCUCAAUCUUCUCCCGAUUUACCACUACAUUUGUGCCGUCCUGAAGAGCGUUCUGCGUUGCUUGAUUUCAAAAGCACUACUAUUUUAUUGCAGUGUCGUGAUACUACUCGUCAUAUGAUACAAACUUGGAACCAGAGAAUAGAUUGCUGCUUGUGGAAGGGUAUCAUAUGUGACAAGCAAAAAGGUCAUGUGAUUGGCCUUGAUCUUAGCAGUAAUUGUCUUGAAGCCAAUCUAACCACAAAUAGUAGUCUCUUCCGCCUCAGAAAAUUGCAGAACCUUAACCUUGCCGACAAUUAUUUUUAUUAUCCUAGCAUCUCAUUUGGGUUCCACCGUUGGAAAAGUUUGACAUCUCUCUAUCUCUCAGGUUCGGCAUAUAUGGGUGACUCUCUCUUGUUUGAGAUCUUCUCGCUACCAAAAUUAGUUUCACUCGAUCUCUCUUAUAAUUAUCCUUUGCUUCUUGACAACAUGAAGUUUCAAAUGCUUGUACAAAACUUAACAAAAUUAAGAUUUCUUAUCCUUGAUACUAUGAAUAUGUCUCUGAUUGUUCCUUCUUCCUUGCUAAACUUGACUUCCUCCAUCGAGUAUUUGAGCCUUAGAGCUUGUUGUUUGCAAGGAAACUUUCCAAAGCAAGUUUUUCAGCUUCCAUCUCUUCAGCUUCUUGAUUUAAGCUACAACUCUCAUUUAAGAGCUAAUUUGCCUCAGUCAAACUGGAGUAGUACCCUCGAGUAUCUGAAUCUUGCAAAAACAAACUUCUCAGGAGAGUUGCCUGAUUCAAUAGGAAAUCUUAAGCUCCUGAGGGAAUUGGAACUUCAUGAUUGCCAAUUGUAUGGAUCAAUUCCUAGAUCUCUUGCAAAUCUUACUAAGAUAACCUUCCUAGAUUUUUCUCUCAACCUUUUGCAAGGGCAGAUUCCACAAUUAUUUGGAAAAUUGCAUAAGCUAACUUAUUUGAGGUUAGAUGCAAACAAUUUUGGUGGUGAAAUUCCUGCAUCAAUCUUCAACCUCACCCAUCUUACUUCCUUGUCUUUGUCAUCAAAUAAGCUAUUAGGUCGAGUACCAUCUUGGUUGUUUUCUCUGCCUUCUUUAUACUCUUUAGACCUCAGUAACAACAGAUUUACAGGUUCAAUUGAUCAUAUAGAGACGCCUAACCUCAUUUUAGAAGAUGUGUUUUUGUCCAAUAAUGAGAUAAGUGGUUCGAUCCCUAGCUCUUUUUUUGAUCUUGUAAAGCUUGUUAUUGUUGACCUUUCUUCAAAUAAUCUAAGUGGCACCAUUACACCCAACCUACUUUCGAAGCUUGUGCACCUUGAGACUCUUGAUCUUUCUUCUAAUAAUCUAAGUGGCACCAUUACACCCAACCUGCUUUCGAAGCUUGUACACCUUGAGACACUUGAUCUUUCCAAUAAUGGUUGGCUAUCUUUGAACAAUAAUGACACUGAUGUCAACUAUUCCUUCUCAAGCCUUCAGUAUUUAAUGUUAUCUUCUUGCAACAUAUACAAGUUCCCAAGUUUCUUAAGGAAGGUAAAGAGUUUGCAAGUAUUGGAUAUUUCCAAGAACAAGAUUUCUGGUCACAUUCACAAAUGGGAAAUAGAAGGGAUGUCAUUGGACACAUUAGACCUUUCUUAUAACUUCUUGACUGGUAUUGAUUCAUUUGAUUUUGGACAUCUUGAAUCUAUUGACCUUAGAUCCAACUUGCUACAAGGAUCACUUCCCAUUCCAUCAACAACUUCGGAUGUUAUACAGCUACUCUUCAUUUCAGGAAAUAAUUUGACCGGAGAAAUCCCAUCUUCUUAUUGCAAUUUGACUUCUCUUACAAUUCUGGACUUAGGUAAUAAUAGUUUGGGAGGGAAAAUUCCAAAAUGUCUUGGAAACUUAAGUGAUCUCUCCAUCUUGGACCUGCAGAUGAAUAAGUUUCAUGGUGUAAUACCAAAUUCUUUUGUCAACAGGAGUAAAGUGAGUACUCUCAAACUAAAUGGCAACCAGUUGGAAGGGAGACUGCCUCCAUCUUUGGUUAAUUGCGAUGACUUGGAAGUUCUAGAUGUGGGGAACAACUACUUGAAUGACACCUUUCCGCAUUGGUUAGGUGUUCUUCCAUGGCUACAAGUUCUCAUCCUUCGAUCUAAUCGAUUUCAUGGUGCCAUUACCAAUUCUAGGCCUGCAUUUUACUUCCCUCAGUUGAGAAUCAUUGAUGUCUCGCAAAAUGAUUUCAUGGGUCUCCUACCGAGUGGUUAUUUCAGAAAUUGGACAUGCAUGAAAGAUGUAACUCCAGCUGAUAUAGCCAAAUUGAAAUACAUCGGUGAUACUGAUAAUUAUUAUAAUGAUUCAGUGAAGGUAGUACUGAAAGGCUUUGAGGUGGAGCUUGUAAGGAUCUUUACAAUUUUCACAACUAUUGAUUUCUCGAGCAAUCAAUUUCAUGGGCAGAUUCCUGCGGAGCUUGGAGAUCUCAACUCACUUCUGUUGCUAAACUUGUCCCACAACAGUCUCACUGGUCAAAUUCCAUCAUCCUUGGGGAAAAUGACACAACUUGAAUCACUGGAUCUCUCAUCAAACAAGCUUGAAGGCAAGAUUCCUGAGCAAUUGACAAAUCUAACAUUCCUUGCCGUUUUGAAACUUUCACACAAUGAUCUUGUGGGCCAAAUACCUCAAGGGAAUCAGUUCAACACUUUCUCAAAUGAUUCCUACAUUGGGAACUCUGGGUUGUGUGGAUUACCGUUGUCAAAGAAAUGCCACAACGAGGAAGAACCGGGAGCACUUGCACCAAAAUUUGAUGAAGAAGAUGACUCUGUAGCACCCUUUGAGUGGAAGUUUGCAUUGGCGGGUUAUGGUUGUGGACUGGUGUUGGGACUUAGUCUAGGAUACAUUGCGUUCACUAUAGGAAAACCGUGGUGGGUGGUGAAGAAGGUGGAGAAAUACCAGCAGAAAUUUGUUGGAAGGUGCAACGGCAGACAUAAGAAGAGAAAAGCACAAGAACCCUACCAACGCUCUUAGGUGAGUAAGUUUCUAAAACUCUACAUAUUUAUUGAAAAUGUGCAGUGAAAUUUAAAUUGUAUUACACUACGUUACAUUAACUAUUAAAUAAAGGUUGAAGCUUUAUAUUCCUUCCCAUUGAAUGGUUCCAAAACAGUUCGGUGUAAUCACACCCUAAAACAGAGUUCUCAUAUAUUAUUUGUGCAUGUUCUAAGUUCUAUAUAAUAUUGAAACUUAAUUUUUCUAAUUUUGUUUUAUUUUUCAUAGGUGCAAGCAGGUGCAUCUGAUUUCCUAUUCCGAGAAGAUCUGGCAACAAAUUAUGUGUCUUUAUUUUGUGUUGCUUCUUGAGUUUGUUUGUUUACAUCUUUUUCAUGUACAUAGUUGAUAUAUGGUUGCAGCAUCCAGUCUACUUUGGGUAUUGUAUGAAUUUGUGUUGCUUUCUUUUGGAUUUGAUCUAUCUAUUCCGCACGCAGUUUUCAUGUACUUUCUUACUAUAAUUUUAUCCAUUUGUAAGUUGUGUGGAUCUGUCUUUCCAUAUCAUAUUUCUCUCUUCCUUUGGUUUGGGUAAACUGUGUGUUUUACUGAGUAAAAUGAAAUUUUCUUAAUAUGGGAACCCAAUCGUCUCCUUCGACCAUAUUUCCCCGAUGAGUUCAAAUUUCGAAUCAGUGUGGAAGCAGACGAACCUGAGCGAUUUCGGAUAGUAUUAGGAGUGCUAGCUGAUGGACGACCGAGACAUCCUCUGCUCUCUGGAGUCCCACUCUCAAGCCACUGCCAACGCUAGACAUGUAAUUGUCCUCUCGUGUUUUACAUUCUGUUUUCUUGAGAUAUUAACCUCGUGCCUUAGUGGGGUAAUCUGUAAUUUUUUCUGUAUGGAAUAAAUUAAUAAUUUUAAA